UGCCGAUAAUCUUCAGCCAAAAGAGACAAAAUUUAAAUUAAAUAAUAUAUUUCUUAAAUAUAGCUAAAAGUAUUACUGUUAAGCUCGGACUCCGGAAAAAAAUCUCAAGACAAUUUAAAUGUGAAAUUAAUUGAUUAGUCCAGUACAUCGAUGGUCCAGUAUUAUUAAUAACUAAUAUUAGGUUAUGGUUAGGUUAGGUAUGCCCAUAAUAUUAUGACUUUUAAUAUAUCGCUGCUUAUAUUUAUAUUGUGAAGGGUCAAUGGUUUUUGUUAGUAUAGUAUAGUGAUCUGUGAGUUCAGUCGGAUUUUCAUAUAGAUUCUAGAGCGUGUCAACUGUUGAGUUUUCCACCUUUGUCUUCUUUCGUUUUCACUGAACAGAAAGGUUUUUACAUCGACCAGUUUGAAUUGAACUCAAUAUGUGUGAGGAAAGAGUGAAAAUGAGGAAGCAGCUAGGUCUACUGGAAGGGGUCGCUAUAAUACUCGGGAUAAUUUUCGGUAGUGGUAUUUUUAUAUCGCCCAGAGAAGUAAUAGAAAAAACUGGAUCAGUAUGGGGAGCUUUGUCCGUGUGGGCAGCUUGCGGAGUGCUGGCCACGCUUGGAGCUCUAUCAUAUGCUGAAUUAGGCACAACCCUGGCACAAAGUGGAGGAGAUUAUCAUUAUAUCAAUGAAGCAUAUGGAUCAUUGCCUGCAUUUUUAUACCUCUGGGAUGCUAAUUUAGUAUUUGUGCCAAGUACCAAUGCAAUCAUGUCGUUGACUUUUGCCAGUAAUAUCCUGCAGCCAAUAUUUCCUAAUUGUACAAUAGACCCACUGUGUCGGAAAUUGAUCGCGGCUGUCACUAUUUGUUUCCUCACCUUCAUAAACGCUUACGACGUAAAGUUCACUACACGCGUCCAGAAUGUGUUCAUGUUCACAAAGAUAUCUGCACUAGUCAUUAUUAUUGGUGGAGGCAUUGUUUGGAUGGCUGGAGGAGGCACUGAACAUUUCGAAGACGGUUGGGCUGGCACCAAGCCUUCCAUCAGCGACUGGUCCGUGGCGUUUUACUCGGGAAUUUUCUCUUAUUCAGGCUGGAGCUACCUCAACUUCAUGACAGAGGAGCUAAGGGAUCCGUUCGUGAAUCUGCCGCGAGCGAUUUAUCUGUCGUUGCCCCUGGUUACGGCGAUCUACCUACUGGCGAACGUGUCUUACAUGGCAGUGCUCGGACCUGCUGGAGUCAGAGCCUCGGAAGCUAUUGCUGUUGAUUUCGCCGUGUUGGCUCUGGGUUGGAUGCGGUGGGCGAUGCCGACGCUGGUCGCGGUGGCCGUGCUGGGCGGCCUGUCGGUGCACAUAAUGACGUCAUCGCGCAUGUGCUUUGCGGGCGCGCGCAACGGCCACAUGCCUGAGCUGCUGGCUCACAUCAACGUCAAGUGUAUGUCGCCGAUGCCUUCGCUCGUGUUCCUGAUGCUGGUAUCCCUUAUAAUGUUGGUGCCGGACAACCUGACGUCUCUCAUAACAUAUUGCACCGUGGUGGAGUCCUUCUUCACCACGCUCAGUUGCAGCGCCGUGCUUUGGCUGCGGUAUAAGAGGCCGGUCCUUGUUAGGCCUAUUAAAGUGUCACUCUGGAUGCCGAUCGUGUUCGUGACGACGUGUUUGAUACUGUUAGUGGUGCCGAUAGUGAGCGAGCCCGUGGCCGUGGUGGCCGGCGCCCUGAUGACGCUUGCUGGAGUGCCCGUGUACUACCUCCUCGUCCAAUCCAAGCCCAAGGUCGUGAGGGACAUCUCUGUUAAAUUCACCCAUGUGUGCCAGAAACUGUUUAUGUCUGCUGUCGAAGAUAAGGAAGAAUAAAUUGAGUGAUAAUACGCGCAACUUGUUGAAUUCUCCUAAUCAAUCACAAUCUCUCCAUAGUCUCAUAUUUUUAUUCGUUUUAAUUUAAAUCAUGUGUCAAUUUAUUUAAUUUAAUUCAAAUCAAUUAAUCGUUUCUGAUGAAUCACAUUUUAUAGGCAUGUAAAAUGUAUUAUACUUUAAUUAUACUUUAGUUUCUCUUAGUUCGCUCAAAGAUAAACAGGCUUUUAGUACAAUUUAUGUGACGGAACUAGUUUCCUAGGAAACCCUAGCUUAAGUUUCCACCUAAGCGGAGCAACAGUGGAAAAAAACGUCAUCUUUUAAAAAAUUUGAUUGAUCGAUUGAACACGUCUCUCCGCUCCGCUUAGGUGGAUACCGGGCUUAAGGGUGAACAAUCAACAUUGAGCUAUACUGCGCUAUGUUGUACUCAGCUAAGCUAACUUUCUGGUGCUAUGUUUCUUCAACGAACAACAUCGUGCUGCGUGACUGCGAUAGCGCGACAUGCAUGCGUACAAGUGCAAGUAAGAUGGAAGACUGAGUGAGAUGGGCAAUGCGAUGCCGAGCGAGCCAGCAUGUAUCCAAUGAUUCUUGCUGUUUCAAACACAGCACAGCCGUACAAAGCGCACCGCAGCUGGGUUCGUUAGUAUCUUCAUUAUGAUUUAAGAGGAGCGAUAGAGCAAGCGCAGCAUAGCUCAGUGUUGAUUGGUCGCCCUUAGUAUACACUAGCAAUAAAACUUGCAUAAGUCAGCAAUUAAAUGAAUAAAUAAAUAAAUAAAUUGUUUAUUGCAGCCAAAAUUUUACAAAAGUUACAACUUAUUCCAGCUAAAUGAGCUGACAGUUAUUUAAUUUCUGCAAUUCUAACAAAGGAUUAAGGAAAGUCUCCCAAAAACUAACGAACAAUCGUUGUUUUCUCCUCUAAACGCUUCAAAAGCGGCCCGAAUUAUAAAAGCAAUCAUUUUGUUUGUGAUCUAUCAUUUAUAUUAUCUACUACUCUACAUCAAUGGCAUGAACACAAAACUGCACAAGAGCCAUAGAGAAGGAAAAAAAAGAAGUUUUGCCGUUGAAAAGCAAUUUCUCGCGUCUGUUUAACAAUGCGAGUGACUUGCCAGAGAUGACUUUUGCAAUUUUAUUGCUAGUGAACACUUGGUUUUAUAAUGAUUAGUAAUAAUUUUAUCAUGUUUGCUAUCACAUUCACGAAUCUUAUACAAUCAUAUAAGGCUGAAGACUGUUUCGAAAAUGUACAGUCGACCAUAAAAUUGUUUUACCCUCUUUGACAAAAAUUUCAUUAAGGCUCAGACUUUUAUAAGUCUAUCAAGCUCAUGCGGUACGGUGCACCGUGCAUGUAAAUGUAUCUCGUGACGAAUCUGCCGCGUGACACAUAGGGCGUCACCACACAGUUUUUUUUUUGUUUUUUUUUUAAUCACCCGAUGUCGCUUUUUGAAGCAAACCCUAGAUGCGAUACAUAAGACACAAUAUAGAUUUUGCAAGCGAAACAUUUUUAGUUUUAUAAUCUGCAAACAAUAUUCGACCUAGGGGUUGUGAAGCAAUUUUAUGGUCGAUAAUAGUUUAAAAUUUUAAAAUUUUGAAUGAUACUUAUAUAAAAUACCUAUAUUACUGGAAGUUAAUAUUGUUUGUUAUAUUGUUAAAAUAAUAAUUAUGUAUAAUCUAUUUGUAAUUUGUUGUUGAAUUACUAACAUUGUUAGUUGUCAAAUACUGUACAUUGUGGCUGAUUCUGACUGAAAUGACAGUUCUAAAUCUAUUGCUAUCCUUUUCAUAAUACUCUCUGUGGAAAGGGACAGCAAUAGACUUAGAUCUCUCAGUUUAGAUACAACAGAAUACAUUUAACGCAAAAAUUACAUAAAUUUUGUUAAAAAUCACAAUUUGAAAACUAAAAAAAAAUUACGCUUAUUCUUUAAAUAAUAAUCACAUACUACUGUAUAUUAUAAGUCAUACGAGCCAAAGCUUGAAUCUCGAUUUUAAUCGCAUAGUACUUUUGAGUUAUAGAGGCUAUAAUGUUUUUUAUUCGAAUAUUGUAAGAUGUCAGGCUCAACGCGAAUUGACGCAGAGACUAAGCGAGGCGACGCGCGUCUUUUCUAAAAUGUCUGUCCCCAUUGAAUUUGAACCACGGCAGCCAACUAAGAGAUAUAGUCCAGGUGUACUAUAUCUAAACCUUUCUCAUUCUGACAAGAGGAGGGACCGCAAUGGGUGAUGGUGAUAUUUUAAUCGUAUAAAUAUUAUACGAAUUUACGCAUUUGUGCAAUCUUUCAAAUAUGGGAGAGACACGUCGCAUCGCUUUUGCUCUGUACCAAUAUGCAUUUAUGCCAGAAACUGCGUUGAAGGCCUACAGUGAUUUUAAGAUCUUUAAAAAUCUUUUAAAUUAUUAUUUAUUAUUGUUUCUAGUGUGUAAGUGUUAUUGAUUUUUGUUAACUGCUUUACGGUUGUGCUUAUUUUACAGUUUCUUUUUUAGUUAAUUUUAUAGCAAAUGUUGACAACUUUAAAAUUGUUUAUUCUGUCUUUGUGGAAAAUAAUGUACUUGUGUAUUAAAUUAGUACAUUAUUAAAUAAAUGUUUUAAAUUCAUAUUUAAUGUCGGUAGAUUAAUAGCUUUAACCCAUUUGGUGCUUUUUACGAAAAAAAAAAAAAACAUUUUACUAAUGGUAAUUUAAUAGAAAUUAUUGUAAAAAUCAUCACAUUAUUUUUUAUACUCGAAUAAAAAUCUUGCUAUUUCUAUUUUGUUAGCGCUUAGAGCCUAUUCAGACAUUUUCAAGUGCAAAAUUGCGUCAGACGUAAGUACAAUGAGCUAUGGCUCGAAUACCCAUGUAAUGCGCGUUGGCUACCCUCCAAAAUGUCUUGUGUAUAGUCUCUAAAUUAAGGUGCACACACUAUUUAUUGUACAGUGGUGUGUUGCAACCACCACAAGUACACUGGAAGCGGUGUGCUAUACGAAGUGACAGUUAUUUUUUGUGCCCAUUUGAAGUGUCCCACCGAGCGUACCACAUCAAAAUUGACACUGUUUCAAAUGUUCUUCGUGUGGACACUGUUGACAAAUGUGUCACCACUAACAGUUAGCUCCGAGCUCACGUGACGCUCACAACUGCUAUCAGCAGCGUAAAUACCAAAAAUCAAAUUGCUUCAAAAAAAGGUCCAACGUACUUGUAUUAGCAGAUGUCAGUGGUUGCAACGCAAUCUGACGCGACGUUCAACAAAUAGGUGCGCGUUGCAGAAUGCAAUGCAUUAGAAUGUGACAUUGCGAUCGUCCCAUGUCGCGUUACAACGCUCCACGGCAAUGAGUCUGCACCAUUAAACUUUAACAAAUUGUAUGGAAUAAUAUUGUUGAUUUGAAUAUAAUAUAAUGAACUUUUUGUAGCUUUUUGAAUAAAGUUUUUUAUUAAAAUAA